CGGCGGCGGCGGCGGCGGCGGCGGCUCGGACAGAGGGGCGGGAGCAGAGGCGGGAGCGGACGGGCUCGGGAGAGGCAGCGGAAUGGUGGACUACCACGCGGCGAACCAGUCGUACCAAUACGGCCCCAGCAGCGGGAGCAAUGGCGCCGGCGGCGGGGGUAGCAUGGGCGACUACAUGGCCCAGGAGGACGACUGGGACCGGGACCUGCUGCUGGACCCGGCCUGGGAGAAGCAGCAGCGCAAGACCUUCACAGCCUGGUGCAACUCCCACCUGAGGAAGGCCGGCACGCAGAUCGAGAAUAUCGACGAGGACUUCCGAGACGGGCUCAAGCUCAUGCUCCUCCUGGAGGUCAUUUCAGGGGAGCGGUUACCUAAGCCAGAGCGGGGCAAGAUGAGAGUGCACAAAAUCAACAAUGUGAACAAGGCACUGGACUUCAUCGCCAGCAAAGGAGUCAAGCUGGUCUCCAUCGGGGCAGAAGAGAUUGUGGACGGCAAUGCAAAGAUGACCCUGGGAAUGAUCUGGACCAUCAUCCUCAGGUUCGCCAUCCAGGACAUCUCUGUGGAAGAGACCUCUGCCAAGGAAGGGCUCCUUCUCUGGUGCCAGAGGAAGACGGCCCCGUACAAGAACGUCAACGUGCAGAACUUCCACAUCAGCUGGAAGGACGGUCUUGCCUUCAAUGCCCUGAUCCACCGGCACAGACCAGAGCUGAUUGAGUAUGACAAGCUGAGAAAGGACGACCCCGUCACCAACCUGAACAAUGCCUUUGAAGUGGCUGAGAAAUACCUAGACAUCCCCAAGAUGCUGGAUGCAGAGGACAUCGUGAACACGGCCCGGCCCGACGAGAAGGCCAUAAUGACCUAUGUGUCCAGCUUCUACCAUGCCUUUUCAGGAGCGCAGAAGGCUGAGACUGCCGCCAACCGGAUUUGCAAGGUGCUGGCUGUCAACCAGGAGAAUGAACACCUGAUGGAAGAUUAUGAGAGGCUGGCCAGCGACCUCCUGGAGUGGAUCCGGCGCACCAUCCCCUGGCUGGAGGACCGCGUGCCCCAGAAGACCAUCCAGGAGAUGCAGCAGAAGCUGGAGGACUUCCGCGACUACCGGCGCGUCCAUAAGCCACCCAAGGUGCAGGAGAAGUGCCAGCUGGAGAUCAACUUCAACACGCUGCAGACCAAGCUGCGCCUCAGCAACCGGCCCGCCUUCAUGCCCUCCGAGGGCAAGAUGGUCUCGGACAUCAACAACGGCUGGCAGCACCUGGAGCAGGCCGAGAAGGGCUACGAGGAGUGGCUGCUGAAUGAGAUCCGCAGGUUGGAGCGGCUCGACCACCUGGCAGAGAAGUUCCGGCAGAAGGCCUCCAUCCACGAGGCCUGGACCGACGGGAAGGAGGCCAUGCUGAGGCACCGGGACUAUGAGACGGCCACCCUGUCAGACAUCAAAGCCCUCAUCCGCAAGCACGAGGCCUUCGAGAGCGACCUGGCCGCACACCAGGACCGCGUGGAGCAGAUUGCCGCCAUCGCCCAGGAGCUCAACGAGCUGGAUUACUACGACUCCCACAACGUCAACACCCGCUGCCAGAAGAUCUGCGACCAGUGGGAUGCCCUUGGCUCUCUGACCCACAGUCGCAGGGAAGCCCUGGAGAAAACGGAGAAGCAGCUGGAGACCAUUGACCAGCUGCACCUGGAGUACGCCAAGCGGGCGGCCCCUUUUAACAACUGGAUGGAGAGCGCCAUGGAGGACCUCCAGGACAUGUUCAUUGUCCACACCAUCGAGGAAAUCGAGGGCCUGAUCUCAGCCCACGACCAGUUCAAGUCAACACUGCCGGACGCCGACAGGGAACGGGAGGCCAUCCUGGCCAUCCACAAGGAGGCCCAGAGGAUCGCCGAGAGCAACCACAUCAAGCUGUCAGGCAGCAACCCCUACACCACCGUCACGCCCCAGAUCAUCAACUCCAAGUGGGAGAAGGUGCAGCAGCUGGUGCCCAAGCGGGACCACGCACUCCUGGAGGAGCAGAGCAAACAGCAGUCCAACGAGCACCUCCGCCGCCAGUUCGCCAGCCAGGCCAACAUCGUGGGGCCCUGGAUCCAGACUAAGAUGGAGGAGAUCGGGCGCAUCUCCAUCGAGAUGAAUGGGACUCUGGAGGACCAGCUGAGCCACCUGAAGCAGUACGAGCGCAGCAUCGUGGACUACAAGCCGAACCUGGACCUGCUGGAGCAGCAGCACCAGCUCAUCCAGGAGGCCCUCAUCUUCGACAACAAGCACACCAACUACACCAUGGAGCACAUCCGCGUGGGCUGGGAGCAGCUGCUCACCACCAUCGCCCGCACCAUCAACGAGGUCGAGAACCAAAUCCUCACCCGCGACGCCAAGGGCAUCAGCCAAGAGCAGAUGCAGGAGUUCCGGGCGUCCUUCAAUCACUUCGACAAGGACCACGGCGGGGCGCUGGGGCCGGAGGAGUUCAAGGCCUGCCUCAUCAGCCUGGGCUACGACGUGGAGAAUGACCGGCAGAAGCAGACAGGCAGCAUGGACUCCGAUGACUUCAGGGCUCUGCUUAUCUCCACGGGAUACAGCCUGGGCGAUGCCGAGUUCAACCGCAUCAUGAGCGUGGUUGACCCCAACCACAGCGGCCUCGUGACCUUCCAAGCCUUCAUCGACUUCAUGUCGAGGGAGACCACCGACACAGACACGGCCGACCAGGUCAUCGCCUCCUUCAAGGUCCUGGCCGGGGACAAGAACUUCAUCACAGCCGAGGAGCUGCGGAGAGAGCUGCCCCCCGACCAGGCAGAGUACUGCAUCGCCCGCAUGGCCCCAUACCAGGGCCCUGAUGCUGUGCCCGGGGCCCUCGACUACAAGUCCUUCUCCACAGCCCUGUACGGCGAGAGCGACCUGUGAGGCCCCCACCGGAGAAACCCUGACCAAACACCCCUCCUCACAGCCUCCAGGAGGGGCUGGGGGAGCUCUUCUGCCCCCCUCCCCGCUACAAGGGCACCCCCUGGCCCCACUCCUCUGACUCUGUAUCUAUGCAAAGCACUCUGUCAGUCCUUCCUGGGCGGGAGCGGGGUGGGCAGGGAGGGGCUGGGGCAGGUUCUCUCCUCUCUCUUUGUCGGUGGACCAGGAGGAUCUCCCCCUCCCCCUGGAUGGGGGUGAGGGAGGCUUCCGGGGUCAGCGCUUCUGGUCUGGUAAAUAUAUAUGAUGUGUUGUUU